GUAAAGGUCGUGUCUAUUCACGGCCUGUGGAGGGCAGCGGCGCAUCGGACGGUCGUCGAGCCUCCGAGCCGAAGAAGAAGAGCGGCGUCGUCACCGCGGAGCGCAGAAGAAGAGUUUAACGGUUCCCGGUUGUUGAACCGCUCCCGUCUCCACGGUGCCGGUAGCUCCCAACUAGUUCCGUACCGGCUUUAGCUGAACUGUGCCACAAACCAGGCGGCUGACUAACCAGUCCACGCACCGCGAUGCGUCUCCAACGAGUAGCUAACGUCAUGUGCUGACAGCGCCCCUCGUUACGGAGCAUUACUGCGGACCAAAAGACCCGGAGUGAUGGAGGAGGGCUCUGAGGUGAUGGAGGAUAUUGUAUUUCGAGGAGUGGAGUUUUCUGUGAAGAUGGAGGUGGACAAGGGCUUGUUGAUAGUCGAAAUCUCUGAUUCGAUGACAGCGGAUCAAUGGAGAGGGGACUUUGAUCCAGCAUACAUUGAGGACCUCACUCGCAAAACUGGCAACUUCAAGCAGUUCCCCAUUUUCUGCAGCAUGUUAGAAUCGGCUGUCAGAAAGAUGAGUGAUUCUGUCACACUUGACCUCUUGACCUACGCUGACCUGGAGCUGCUACGUAACAGAAAAGCAGGAGUGGUCAGUCGUCCUCAUGGCCAUCAGCAGUCGUCUGUUCUCACUGCCAAAAGAUACCUAAUCCUCAUAUAUACUGUGGAGUUUGACAGGAUACACUACCCCUUACCCCUGCCUUAUGUGGGUAAGCCUGACCCGGCUGCCCUGCAGAAGGAAGUCAGAGCUCUUAAGGCCGAGCUCAGCACCGUCUCCUCUCAUGGAAUGAACAAAUCUGCAGAACUAGAAAUACAACGGCUACGAGCUGAGAUGGCUCUGGUGAAAGAACAAAAGGACGCCAUGGCUAAGGUUCUGGAGCGACUGCAGAGCGGUGGAGGAGGCGCCGCACCGGGCCGAGAGGACUGGCGGGCCAGAGAUGUAGUGAGGACACUGGAGGAGCAGCUCGUCAAGGAGAGGGCCAAAAGUCAACGUUCAGCGAGCAAGAGAUGCCAGGAGCAGCGACUCCUCUUGGAGCAGUUCGAUGACCUGAGAGCAUCGGAGUGCGCUCUCCGCGUUCGGGUCAAGAGUCUCACCAGUGAACUGGCGUUACUACGGAGAGGCAGAGUGACUCCCGUGUCUGGUCACAUCUGUUCUCGGCUUGAUGGGGAAAUCUAUCGCUCGGUCUCCCGCGAGAGGAGGUCGGGGUACGGGACCAUCAGGGCUCGCUCAGGAUCCAGAGAACGGAUGGAUGACAGAGGUCAAAGGUCAGAGGAAAGAGGCAGAAGAUCGGACUCCUCAGGACCACGCGCUCGCAUAGCUCGGCCGUCAUCUUCUCCCACUGGGUCCCGGGUGCAACGCUUUGACCCCACUGCUUACAUCCAGGACAGGCAGCGCAGACUAAAAGAGGGAGAGGUCAAAAAACAGAGGAAGGUACGGAGGGACCUGCUGACGUCACCCAUAGUUCCUGAGAGGGGGCGUUCACGUUCCAGAGAGGCCUAUCCUCAGAUGGUCCGGUCUAGCAGCAGAGGCAGGAGUUUAUCAGUGGAGCGGCGAGGGAGCAGGAACUCCUCUGAAAACUCGUUAGCGGAUAUGGAUGAAAUGCACAAAAAUCUGUUCAGAGCAAGAAAACAGACUUACAAUGGACCCAAUGUGUCUAGAGGAGGCCUUUCGAGGAAACCAUUAUGCAGUACUCCGACACUCAGAGGGAAAGACAAAGAGAGCUCCAUGGAUACCGGUGCCGAGCUGUCUGAGAUCGAUGCCAGGCUAUUGGCACUUCAGGAGUACAUGAGGGACCUGGAUACAGGACACUAACAACCACCGCCUAGCCCGCUGCUCAAGUCCCUCCAUGUUACCCGACAACUGCACAGCUAGAAGCUCGGGCCAUCGUUUAUUGUUCAUGGUGGCCAGACUGGAGGAACACAUUGAGCUUCAAACACAAGCGAUGGGCUACCACUGUAUACGUGUUCAUGUUAGAGACUAAGACUCCUAGCGGGUCAAACUUCAGGAAACUAAAGCCAUCCCUGUGAAAGAUUCCUUUUCUGGACUGUAAAUGUAUAUAUAUUUUUUUUAAAGUGUUUUUCUUCAUAUUUUUUUUUUGUACACCUCGCCAAACCAUCUUAACCAGUUCACAUGGACGGAAGAUUUGGCAGUACCUCAGUCAGUAAAUAUUUGUUCACCCUUUACUCGCCUGUUGAUGUUUUCACACUUAAUAUUUGUUGAGGUUUUUUUCCCCUGUGAGUGCCUGUGCAUCAUAUCUUCCUUCCUAAAUACAUUUAAGUCAAGCAACUAUUUAAACUGAAAUGUCAACGGGUGUGAAAGUGAUCAACAUGUUAAUGAGACUGUAAAACCUGAGUUGGACCUCUUCUGUCCAGUGCACGUUAGAAUACACUCCUGAACCCUGAAAGAAGACCUGAUCAUCAUUUGGUGGUUAAAUGUCAUUCAUUUUAAUGUACAUUAAAAAAAAUGUACAUUUUUCCAGAGUUUGAACCAAAGUAGACCCAAUUUCCCUUUUGAGCUCAUAUCCCAAACUAAAGCACAAAAUAUAUUAAUCUUGGAUAACAUUUGUGUACGGGAAUACUUAUCAAAGAAAGUGGACGGACUUAAGGAUAUUUGUGUAGACAAAUCCAUACCACUUUCUUCAUUGUGCAUGCAGGCAACUUUGUUGAUAGGGAAACUGCCACAUUUUCUAUGAACUGCUGUAUGUGUGCACAAAGACUUAUUCACAUUUUUCUCCAGUCUAAUGUCUUUUAAACCACCUGAAAAUAUAAUUUAUAACAUUA